AUGGCAAAUCCUGAAAGAACUGAAAGGAUGCAAGAUUAUCAGAGAAAUAAAACACUACAAGAACAAUUACCUAAAGCAGCAAAGCAAGCUGUUGGAUCUAUUGAGAUAUUCCGUUUUGCUGAUGGAGUGGACAUCACACUCAUGAUCCUAGGGAUACUGGCAUCAUUGGUAAAUGGAGCUUGCCUCCCUCUAAUGUCCCUGGUUUUAGGAGAAAUAAGUGAUCACCUAACUAGUGGAUGUCUAGUCCAAACCAACAAAACAAAUUAUCAAAACUGUACACAGUCUGAAGAGAAGCGGAAUAAAGAUAUGAUUAUGUUGACCCUGUAUUGUGUUGGAAUAGGACUUACUGCCUUGAUUUUUGGCUACAUACAGAUUUCCUUUUGGGUUAUGACUGCAGCACGGCAAACCAAGAGAAUUCGGAAACAGUUUUUUCAUUCAAUUUUAGCACAGGACAUCAGCUGGUUUGAUGGUUAUGACAUCGGUGAACUUAACACUCGCAUGACUGAUGACAUCAAUAAAAUCAGUGAGGGAAUAGGAGACAAGAUGGCUCUGUUGUUUCAAAAUAUUUCUACUUUUUCUAUUGGGCUGACAAUUGGCUUCAUAAAGGGCUGGAAACUCACCCUGGUAACUCUGUCCACAUCUCCCCUUAUAAUGGCUUCAGCAGCAAUGUGUUCUAGGAUGGUCAUCUCACUAACCUGUAAGGAGCUGAGUGCCUAUUCCAAAGCUGGGGCUGUAGCAGAGGAAGUCUUGUCAUCAAUCCGAACAGUCAUAGCCUUUGGAGCCCAGGAGAAAGAAAUUCAAAGGUAUACACAGAACCUAAAAGAUGCAAAGAAUGUUGGCAUAAAGAAGGCUAUCGCUUCAAAAGUGUUUCUCGGUGCUGUGUACUUUUUUAUGAAUGGAACCUAUGGACUUGCUUUUUGGUAUGGAACCUCCUUGAUUCUUAGUGGAGAACCUGGUUAUACCAUUGGAACUGUUCUUGCUGUUUUCUUUAGUGUGAUCCAUAGUAGCUAUUGCAUUGGAGCAGCUGCCCCCCACUUUGAGACCUUCAGUGUUGCCCGAGGAGCUGCCUUUAAUAUUUUCCAGGUUAUUGAUAAGAAACCUAGAAUAGACAACUUUUCAACAAGUGGAUAUAAACCUGAAUGCAUAGAAGGAACUGUGGAAUUUAAAAAUGUUUCUUUCAGUUAUCCAUCACGCGCAUCUCUCAGGAUUCUGAAAAGACUGAAUCUCAAAAUUAAGUCUGGAGAGACAGUAGCCUUUGUUGGCCCCAGCGGCAGUGGGAAGAGUACUGCAGUCGAGCUUCUGCAAAGAUUCUAUGAUCCCGAUGAUGGCUUUAUCACCCUGGACGGAAAUGACAUCAGAGCCCUGAAUGUGCGGCAUUAUCGAGAACAUAUCGGGGUAGUCUGCCAAGAGCCCGUUUUGUUUGGGACCACCAUCAGCAACAAUAUUAAGUACGGACGAGAUGAUGUGACUGAUGAAGAGAUUGAGAAGGCAGCAAAAGAAGCAAAUGCUUAUGACUUUAUAAUGAAGUUUCCCCAUAAGUUUAAUACUUUGGUGGGAGAAAAAGGAGCUCAAAUGAGUGGAGGGCAGAAACAGAGAAUCGCAAUCGCUCGAGCUUUAGUUCGAAACCCCAAAAUUCUGAUCUUAGAUGAGGCUACAUCUGCGCUAGAUACAGAAAGCGAAUCAGUUGUUCAAGCUGCACUGGAGAAGGCAAGCAAAGGUCGGACUACAAUUGUGGUAGCUCACCGAUUUUCCACUAUUCGAAAUGCAGAUGUGAUUGUGACUAUAAAGGAUGGGAUGGUGGCGGAAAAAGGAACACAUGCUGAACUAAUGGAAAAACAAGGUGUAUAUUAUUCACUUGCAAUGUCACAGGAUAUUAAAAAGGCUGACGAACAGAUGGAUUCAAUGGCACAUUCUACUGAAAGAAAUACCAGCCCUGUUUCUCUGUGUGCUGUAAAUAGCAUCAAGUCAGACAGUGCAGCCAAGUCUGAGGAAUCCAUCCCUUGUAAAGAGACAAAGCUUCCUGAAGUUUCUCUAUUAAAAAUUUUUAAAUUAAACAAGUCUGAAUGGCCUUUUGUUGUGCUGGGGACACUGGCUUCUGUUCUAAAUGGAACUGUUCAUCCAGUAUUUUCUGUCAUCUUUGCAAAAAUCAUAACUAUGUUUGAAGAUGUUAACAAACCCACAUUAAAACAUGAUGCAGAAAUUUAUUCCAUGAUAUUUGUCAUUUUGGGAAUUAUUUGCUUUAUCAGUUACUUCAUGCAGGGUUUGUUUUAUGGCAAAGCAGGGGAAAUUUUAACCAUGAGAUUAAGACGUUUGGCAUUCAGAGCCAUGUUAUAUCAGGAUGUUGCCUGGUUUGAUGAUAAAGAAAACAACACAGGAGCCUUAACAACAACAUUAGCCACAGAUAUAGCACAAAUUCAAGGGGCAACAAGUUCAAGGGUUGGUGUCUUAACACAAAAUGCAACUAACAUGGGACUGUCGGUUAUCAUCUCCCUUACAUACGGAUGGGAGAUGACACUCUUGAUUCUGAUCAUUGCUCCAGUGCUUGCUCUCACAGGAAUGACUGAAACUGCAGCAGUGACUGGAUUUGCCAAGAAGGAUAAGCAGGAACUCAAGCGUGCCGGAAAGAUAGCAACUGAAGCUGUGGAGAACAUACGUACUACAGUGUCACUAACAAGAGAAAAAGUCUUUGAGCAAAUGUACGGGGAGACGCUCCAGAGCCAGCACAGAAAUACCUUGAAGAAAGCACAGAUCAUUGGAAGCUGUUACGCAUUCAGCCAUGCCUUUGUAUAUUUCGCCUAUGCAGCAGGAUUUCAGUUUGGAGCCUAUUUAAUUCAAGCUGGACGGAUGACACCGGAGGGCAUGUUCGUAGUUUUUACUGCAAUUGCUUAUGGAGCUAUGGCCAUUGGAGAAACACUUGUUUUGGCACCUGAGUAUUCCAAGGCCAAAUCUGGGGCUGCACAUCUGUUUGCUUUGUUGGGAAAGAAACCAACUAUAGACAGCCAGAGUGAAAAAGGGAAAAAACCAGACACAUGUGAAGGGAAUUUAGAGUUUCGAGAAGUCUCUUUCUUCUAUCCAUGCCGCCCAGAUGUUUUUAUCCUUCAUGGCUUAUCCCUCAGUAUUGAGAAAGGGAAGACAGUCGCAUUUGUCGGGAGCAGCGGCUGUGGAAAAAGCACUUCUAUUCAACUUCUACAGAGAUUUUAUGAUCCUGUGAAAGGACAAGUACUGUUUGAUGGUGUAGAUGCAAAAGAAUUGAAUGUACGGUGGCUCCGUUCCCAAAUAGCCAUCGUUUCUCAAGAGCCUGUGCUGUUCAACUGUAGCAUCGCUGAGAACAUUGCCUAUGGUGAUAACAGCCGCGUGGUGUCCUUAGAUGAGAUCAAAGAAGUCGCAAAUGCAGCAAAUAUCCACUCUUUCAUUGACAGUCUCCCCGAGAAAUACAACACAAAAGUGGGACUGAAAGGAGCACAGCUUUCUGGUGGCCAGAAACAAAGACUAGCUAUUGCAAGGGCUCUUCUACGGAAACCAAAAAUUUUACUAUUGGAUGAGGCCACUUCAGCCCUUGAUAAUGAGAGUGAAAAGGCAGUUCAGCAUGCCCUUGAUAAAGCCCGGAGAGGGAGGACAUGCCUAGUGGUGGCUCACAGACUCUCCACAAUACAGAAUGCAGAUCUGAUUGUGGUUCUGCACAAUGGAAAAAUAAAAGAACAAGGAACUCAUCAGGAGCUCCUGAGAAAUCAGGAUGUAUACUUUAAAUUAGUAAAUGCACAGUCAGUGCGCUGA